AUGCCGACACUACCGAAGUUUCUUAGAAACUCGAGAAAGAUCUCUAAACUUAACCAAACGAUCCACCGACUCUCAAUUAGAUUAGUACUAGCUAAGCAUGAGAAUGUGAGACUCAAGAAGGCUCUCAUCAAUGAGAAGAAGCGCAGGAAGCGAGGCAAGGCUCUGCCUCUAGAGGCAGGUGAGGACUAUCACGGUAGGGCUGUAUUCUGGUCCCCAAGGAAGGUAAAGGAGGCACGUGAUCGCCAGCUCCAACAAGGGCUUAAAGAAGAGCAACUACAACACCAGAAAGCUGAAGCAGCUCGCCUACGCCAGGAGAGGAGGCAGGAAAAGCUCCAGGCAGCUCAACAGAGGCGUGCAGCAAGACUAGAAGCUCAAAUAACAAGGCAGGAGAAGAAGGCUCGUGAGGCUGCUGAUCGAGCCUCACGACAGGCAGCUCGCAAGGCUCAACAACAACUCCGGCAAGCUCAAAAAACUGCCCAAAGAGGCAAGAGGAGGUGCCUCAAGAUAGCUACUAAGGCAGGUUCAAAAAAGAGAGCAGCUGCGCAGCCUCAGGGUAGUAGUGAGGCUGCAGGUACUGCAGCAGGCCCACCACCAUCUCAAUCACGACACGGCCGAGCAAUCAAGUUCCCAGCAAAAUAUAGAUAG